AACAAUUUUUGAGCAAAAAAAAGAAAAUAGAAAAAAAUGAAGGAAAUAAUUUGUCCACCCUACAUGAAAAUGGUACAUAUUAUUAUUAUUUGCUGAUUGGCUCGUAACUGAUAAUGAACGCAAUUGGUCUAUUUUGAAUCAGAUCGGUUUUUACAAAUGGGUGUUCGGUUCAUGAAUCUAAGAAGAAAAACGCGCACAGCAACAAAAUACAUUAUUUGUCAAAACGCAGUGAUAAAUUCUUAGAAGUAUCAAGUCGUAUUAGACAUAUCAGUCAAACGGAGCAAUCUGUCAAAUCUCUGUGUAAGAUAAUUUGAACGUGAAGAUGGAGAAAUAUCAACAUAUGAGAGCAUUUAUAUCAGCGGCUGUGGAUUACACCAAGAAUCCCAGUGAAAGUACUAUGUCCGUUAUGCAAAGAAGUCUUGGGAUAAUUAGUGCAUCGCUGGAUUUGAGUAUAUUUGAUCCUGGAACCAGCGUAGCUGCAGAAUUUUAUGUGAGUCUGCAUGAACUCAUGAGAUCCUUAGGAUCACGAUCCACAUUGAUCUGGAGCGCUGUAGAUGUUCUACAAAACGUUUGCCGAAAUAAUUCUGCUAGACAAUCAUUGAUUCACAUAUACAAAUUUGUACCCACAUUGGCAAAGUUAUUGGAGGCAAAUCUGACUACUGAGAAAAAAAUACGAGUGCUGAAACUACUUCAGGAAUUAACAUAUGGAAUUAAAAUAUCAUGGCAAGAAGCUCAUCUUCCCUAUUUAAUUUCAACAUUGACGCAAUGGAUAUUAUUAAAGGAGGAAGAAAUUAUUGCGUUAUCUUUAGGAGUGCUGGUAAAUCUCUGUUAUAAGAAUCUCCCAGCGGUCUACACAUUGAUGAGAACCAUCAAUACUAAAGAUUUCAUCAGAACAUUGUCAAAGCUCCAAGAUCAUGUCAGUAUAAGCAUGCAAUGUUGCAAGCUUCUGAUUAUAUUGGAACAAGUUAAUACCAACAGUUCUGUGAGAUGUCAACACUUUGUGUCGUUAACCUUUGCCAAUCUGAGAACAGCAGUGAAACAGAAAGACAUUUUGUUAUUAAGACAAAUUAUUGAUUUCUUUAACGAUGUUGCACAAAAUGAAUAUAUGCGAAAUGCACUGCUUACAUACUCAAAUUAUGGCAAAGAUGUGGAGAACAUAUUAGCGAUUUUAGAAGAAAAUACAGAUCCAGAAUGCGUGGCUCUCAUCAUGGAAUUCUUACUUUCAUUGGUGAAGUUGAAAUUGGCUGCUUUAACUCCUUUAUAUCCUGCUUGUAUAAAAUCAGCUAUAACAUGGGUACCUGUUGAACAGGUGUGCUCGAAAGCCUUGGCGCUCAUACGUGCUGUGAUAAUUGAUUCCCGUCGUACGAAAAUCUCUACGGAAGUUUUAAUGGAGCUAGAUCCAUCUGUACUUAUGCUCGUGACGAAUCCGAAGAGCGAACAAAACGGAAAUCAAAAUGCGGAAAUGGAAACGAGACAAGCCGAAUUAAUGCAAUUGUUUCAAGAAAUGAUCAAAACUCCUGCACUUAAAAAAAAGAUCAUGCAAUCAUUUAGUGAACAUAUAAUGCGUAGAUUGUUUAGUAAUAUUCUGCAUAAUGAAUUUACUGCCGCGGGAGAUUGGACCAGAAAUUUUAUCCAGAAUGCUUCUACUAGCCUCUACAUUCACGCGUUAGUUUUGACGGCAGACUUGGCGGCUAAUCAUUCCAACUGGUUGACACUGUAUUCUGAAUUGCUUAGUAUGAGACAAGUGCAAAUGAUGCUGGCACUAGCGUUAUUCACCGGUGACGGGGAAGUAAAGCAAAAGGUCCUGCAGUUGACGUCAUCGAUUGGAUUCCCACAUGAAUGUAUUUCCGCAGUGGCACUCUGCAUGAAACAGUUGGAACCAUUGAUAUUGGUUCAGAACAUCAACAACAACAUAUUCGAAGUCACGAAUAAAGCAUCUCCGAAUUACACCGGCAACGAGAUGACACCGUUAUUUUCCAUUGCGCAAGAAGAACGUCUCGAUAUGUUCUUGGCAAAACUCAAAUCAACUUUUGAAGCGAAUCAAAUAGCUGAUAUUUCGACGUCUGCUGUGAUGGAAUUGUAUGAAUAUAAGUUAGCAGCAAUAAGACAUUCCGAAAAGGCAAUGCAAUCGAGCUUAGAAACAGCAAGCAAUCAUUCUACUAGUCUCCAACACAGAUUAGCGCAAGUUAUAGCUGAGUCUAGUAGAUUACAUGAAUUAUUGUUCGACACUCAACAGUGUUUGGAAGGAACAAAAGCUGAAAAAUUAACUUUGACGGGAAAACUUAGCGAGAUGGAAGAACAAUCCAAGAAAGCGCAUCUUAUAAAGAAACAAGAGAUUGAGUCACUGAAAAAAAUUGUGGUAGAAAAAUCGACAAAUUUGGAGCAUCUGAAUAACCAACUGAUGCAACGUACAAAAGAAGUAGAAGCUAGCAACAAUAGAAAUGAAAUGUUAAGCAAAAAAAUCCAAGAAUUAGAUAACGAACGUUUAAGUGCCGAAGCAAAAGUUACAGAUAUGAGUAACAAAAAUCAUGAAUUGACUAAACUUUUGCAAAAAAUGAAGGAUUCUCUCGGCAAAAAAGAACAGGUUUUAGAGAAGAAAAAUGCAGAGAUAGAAGCAAAUCAAAACGAUAUAUCUGCACUCAAACAAGAAAUUCAACAAAUGACGCAAACGUUGCAGAGAUAUGAACAAAUCAUAUCAGAAAAAGAGGAAACUAUACAGAGAAAAGAAACCGAAUUAGUAGACUUGAGCCGCAUGCGAGAUAUAAUCUUUGAACUUACUGCUAAAAACAAAGAUGAUUUAGCAUCAACAAGAUCAAGUUCGAGUUAACAUCUUUUGUAAUUUAGAACUCGUAUUAAAUGUAACAAGUAUAUAAAUGAAAUGCUCUCAAUAUACUUAUAUUCUCAACUAAUGUCAUACAGACGCAUCUAACAAUUGUAUAUUUAAUAACACGUUGUUAUAUUUUAUCAAUAUUA